UUUGUCGGUCACUUCUCUGACAGUGUGUCAAGAAAAUUCAACCUGGCAAACAAAAAAAAAGGAAACAUUUCUGAGCGUUCGAAUAAGAAAGGAACUUUUGUGCAGAAACUAUGAGUGUUUUGAAAGAAAAUAGACUCAGACGUUCGGCAUACGCAUUCAGUGAAUUGUAACUAUCGCAGGUGAUUGAAAUUGAAAAGCUAAAAACCAGUGGUCGGCACCCAAAAAUCCCAAUAAACAUUUGAACAACAACAACAAAAACAAUUGCAUUGACAGUCACCGCUCAUACACACACUCAAAAAAUGAAUGCAGAAAUGUCAGUGAAACCGGGGGAUGAAAUUCUUGAGAAAGAUCAGGAAUCAGAAGUUCAGAAAACACCCGAAGUGGUUGAUUCCGACGACGAUGAGGUGGGAAACGAUGACGCCAAGGCGGAAAACUUUGAAAACUAUCAGGGAACGGGCAGAACGGUAACGUUGCAAAUGUUACUCGCAGCCAAAAUGCUUGAACCGGGCAAGUCAACGAUGACCAUCGAGUAUCUGGGUCAGAAAUUUGUGGGCGAUCUCCUAGCAGAUGGCAAGAUCAAAUCGCAAGAAACGGAAACGAUUUUCUGUUCGCCUAGUGCUUGGGCCAUGCAUUGCAAACGGAUUAUCAAUCCGGAAAAGAAAUCCGGGUGCGGCUGGGCGUCGGUGAAGUAUAAAGGCAAAAAGUUGGACGCCUACAAAGCACAAUGGCUGAGAAAGUGCCAGUUGCACAAAGAGUCAACGCCAAGCGAUGACGAAAUCGACGGUGAACCGGAUAAAAAGGAGAUGAGCCCGGUGGCGAUUGUGAAGAGAGUGGUUCUACCACACAAUACGGUCAGCAAUCGGAAUGUUGUGCACGACGCAAAUACGUUGGUUGAGUCCGUCUCCUUUGCAUCGUUGAACAAGAUUCAACCAUUUUUGGUAUCCAUAUCGACAUCUUCCGUGCUACUCAUGGACUUUCACUGUCAUUUAACCAAAACCGAAGUUUGUGGAUACCUGGGCGGCUCAUGGGAUGUAAAUUCACAUACACUGUCAAUCACCCAUGCAUAUCCGUGCCGCAACUCUCGACAUGAUCGUGAAACUGCUGCUCAGGCUGAGUUGGAAAUCCAACGGGCAAUGUUGAAAAAUGGCCUGACGUUGGUUGGAUGGUAUCACAGUCAUCCUCGAUGUGCAGCCCAGCCGACACUUCGAGACUGUGACGCUCAGCUGGAGUAUCAAAUAAAAAUGCGUGGAGCAUCGGAAGCAACGUAUUCACCAUGCAUUGGAUUGAUCUGUGCGCCGUACAGUCCGGACAAUCCUACCCAAGAGUCCAGCAUCAUGGCAUUUUGGAUUGUUCCGCCGCCAGAGAAUCGCAUCAUGGAAUAUGGACGACCCAUGCUGAUGACAUACUCUGUCACGCAAGACAACGAACUGUCCAAACAGAUUAUUGAUGAAAUGAAGGCCUGCGUGGCCUAUUACAAGAAGUUCAAGUUCGAUAUGGUCGACUUUGAUGCACAAUUCAACGAGGACACGACAUACAUCGAGAAACUCAAGGUGACGUUGUACUCCAAGUUUCCGCGUAAGCAAAACGAUCACGAAUUUUGGAAUUUUGUGCGUGAAGAGCUCGGAAUGGAACCCGAAUCUGAAUUCACGCCACCACGAUGGGCAUCGUCGCCACAACCAGAACCGGAACCGAAGGAAGUCACCGACGAGGCCGGACAAGAUCUGACCAACAAAAGUGAAAGCAAGCAAUCGAAAGAGGAUAAAUUGCUGAUACGCACUCUUCAAGAGCAACUGAGUCUACCAUCCGGUUUGAACAUGAAUCCAUCUCCAAUAUCAUCAACGCUGCUUCCAAACGUAACCAACAGCAUGUCCAGCAACAACAGUAUUCAAACGUCAUCGUCUUCCCCGCGAGACAGUCCAAUUACGAUUCCAUCAAACUCGGCUAGCCCAGCGAAAUUCGUUCGGGCAAGUCCAUCGCCAGUUAAAUCGGACACAUCGUCGACACGAACGCGCAAUUCACCAGCACCGAGUCCUCAUAAAUAUUCGGUUGAUCGUACCGAUCUGACACGCAGUAGUCCCAGCGCAAAUCUACACAAAUACGAACAGUCUUUACUACCGUCAACAAGCACACCAAGCACUCAAGCGAGUCUCAGCGACUUUUAUUCGGCCAAUUUUUCGACGCUGGCGAAGAAUCUUUCCAACUAUUCCCCGAGUGACUACGCCAUGCUAUUUAACUCAAAGGACUACGGAUUGUCUUCGCUGAAUCAAUUGGCGGUUAGCUCAGCUAUGACAAACACAAGUUCGUCCAAUUCGUCCAAUAAACAGCAACAGUCUCAGUCGUCAUCGUCGUCGUCAGCAGCAACAGCAACGGCUAACAACAUGAAAGAUUUCUUAGCGCAACUGGAAAAAACUACAGAGCUCAGCUAUCUGAUGCAAUCGCAGUACAACUAUCCAGGUAUUAGUGGAGCCAGCAGCAAGUCAUCCAACGAUUAUCAUCCACCGAAAAGUUCAACGAAACAUGAAAAGUCGAAGAGUUCACGCUCAUCGUCAGCUCAACAGCAACAACAACAACAACGUCAAAUGGAAGAAGACUACAAACGGGAUGCCAGCAACAUCAGUGAGUUUAUGCGGUCACAGGAGUACGCCUCCUUACUCAUGGAACAGGCAGAAGCACUGAGCAAAAGCUAUCAACUACCAGAAAUACCAAAGAAAUCGAAGAAAUCCCAACAACAGCAGCAACAUCAACAACAACAUGGACCAUCGGCAGCUGAUUUGACCAGUUUGUUGCAAGCAUCUCCAAAAAUCCACGAACUCAACUCACUGUUUCAAAGUGGCAAACAAUCUUCCGAUUUGACUUCACUGCUCCAGCAGCAAUUAUCAGCCGCAAGUUCGUCAGCAUCAUCGUCUCAAAAAAAGAAUCAAAGCCAACAGCCCGACUACAGUUCCUUGUUUGCCCAUUCAAAGAUGGCAGAUCUACAAUCAUUGAUGGCCGGCCAAAGUGAACGCGACCGGCAUAUGACACCGUCUGCAGCUGAUUUAUCAGCUCUUUUUGGAUCCGCUUUAGGGGGAAAGUCUUCCGUAGACAUGCUGGGCAGCCUGUUGCAGUCAAACAAAGCUUCCGAUCUGAGCUCUCUACUGUUUUCACAGGCCAAUGCUGCUGAGCUCAGCAAUCUAUUUUCGCAAGCGGUGUCCUCUUCUUCCGCUAAAACAGCUGCAAAUACCGCAGCUUAUUACACUCAAGCUGCAAUCGAUAAAGCACAACAAGACAUGGCCGCUCUCUAUCAACAACAUGGCAAAUAUUCAUCGAUUCCAGAUCCACUAUCAAAGUCCACACUUGCUGCAAACAAUAUGUUCAUGAAUCCAUCAGCCGUGUAUGCCAAAAUGCAACAGGAAGCGUUGAGCGCAAUGAUCAUGAAACCGCCGAAAGUCAGUUCGUCGUCAUCAACAUCAUCAUCGAAAUCACGUGAGGCUUCAGCAUCGCCCGCAUUGGACAAAUCCCAUAAGAAUCGUGACAGCCCAGCCAGCCUAAACAAAUACAAUUUCAGUGCAGCAGACCUAGCCAUCUCUGCCGUUUCCAACGUUCCGAAUGCCAUGUCGUCACCGAUCAUUCCGUCAACCGAUCAUGCCCGAAAGUUAAAUGAAUUUUCCCAAAUGGACAUUUCGAUGAGCGAAGCAUCGCAACUGGAAUCGCGUUUGAAGAAACGAAUGGAAUUUUCAUCCAUUGCCGAUCUUGUGUCGACUCCAUCGAAAAUGCAAAAGCUCGAAGAGUUGGCCAACAUGCACAUGCAAGAAAGUGAGUCCGAAUCUGCUGCUCUCAAUUUGUCGUCAAAUGAUUAAGCCUCGGUUUAGACGAUCGCCAAUGUGUUUCGAGUUCGAGUUCCAGAAUAAAAUGACAAAAUCUCAUACUUAGACGUUAGGCGUGCAUUUCAAGCAUUUUGUGCAACUUAAAGUAUUAUAUUGAGCUGCUUCGAAUGUAACACUUUGGACAGACAAUUAACAAUAUGCUUACUAUAGAUUCCCCUAAUAACCAUUUUACUAAUCACUUUAGUACUUAAUCGAUCGAUGUCAUUGUUUGCAUUACAUUUUUUGUGUAAAAAA